GGCCUUAGGUAGUUUUUAAUAAUCGGUUAGACCGGUCGAAAUUCCCGUUUUAGGCGAAAUGGAUAGUUCAGAAGGAGAUCAGAGUAAGGACUACCAAGGUGACGACAUGGGUGGUGGUGAUUUCGACUCAGCAGGUCAGCCCAGUAAUCAGACAGAGCAAGAACUCGCCUCUAAAUGUUUGCAAAUCCAGUCCAAGCGAUUUUAUUUAGAUGUGAAACAAAAUCGUAGAGGACGUUUCAUCAAAGUCGCUGAGAUUGGUGCUGAUGGUCGUCGUUCUCAAAUUUUUCUAGCUCUUUCAACAGCAGCCGAUUUUCGCGGUCAUUUGUCAACAUUCAGUGAUUACUAUUCAUCAUUAGGACCACCAAAUCCUGAAAACGUUCCAGAAGAUGGGAAACUUAAAUCGGAAUGUAUAGUGAAGGAUAACAGACGAUACUAUUUAGAUUUGAAGGAAAACGCUAGGGGCCGCUUUUUAAGAGUGUCCCAGACCAUAACCCGUGGCGGUCCACGCUCACAAAUCGCCAUUCCAGCCCAGGGCUUAGUCGAGUUUAGAGAUGCUUUAACAGAUCUUUUGGAUGAAUUUGGAGAGACAGAUGGCGGUUUUAAGGGAGAACUUCCUGAGGGCCGCCACUUGAGGGUCGAUAACAAAAAUUUUUAUUUUGACAUUGGCCAAAAUAAUCGGGGCAUUUAUAUGAGAAUGAGUGAGGUUAAAAGUAACUUCCGCACUGCAAUAACUGUUCCAGAAAAGUGUUGGACGCGUUUUCGUGACAUACUAACUGAUUACUGUGAAAAAAUGUCAGAAACAGCAACAACCACUGCCGAUAAUAAUACACAAGCCGUGCAAUCAUCGGCACCGAAUUCUGCUAGCGGUUCACAAAAAUAAAAAAUUUGCGUUAAUUUGACCUACAUAAAUUAGAAGCAGAAACAUCAAAUUACAUCUAAAGACCUUAUUCUUCUAUAUUAUCAGUUGUCAUUAAUUUCUAUCGAUGAAACUGCUCACACAAUGCGAUUGAAGUAUUUAAUGGUAAGAACUUAUUGGAAAUGACCAAAAGUUAUAAUUGUUGGAGGAAAUUUUUCUCGCUUACAUUAUAAAGAUGUUUCGAUUGCAUGAAAAACACCUAAUUAUAAUUGUGUCGGGGUUUUGUUCUUCAAAUGAAUUAUUUUUUUUUAUAUUUGUUCUUUGGCUUAUUAAUUCGACUUUAGUCCACUGAAAAUUGAAGAAAUUAGAAGGCAUGGCCUUAAAUUUAAGUUCAGAAAUGUUUUCCAUCUACAAAUUUUAUUUUAAUCGAACCCAUUUACUAGAAACUUUAAAAAAUCUACCUUAAAGUAGUUAAUUCAACACAGAAAAAAAAAACAAUUCAAAGAUUAAAAAAAUAUUGUUCAAAUUUUAGCCUCUCAAACUACAAAAUGAAAAAAGUAAAGAGUAAAAUUAAAUAAAAAAACAUUCAGAAAUUCAAGUGCGCAUGGGAAAAUUAAAUUUAUUAAUAAAUGUAUACAUCAGAGUACACAAAAAAGUUUUAUGAUGAAAGAAAAACUAUGUGUUCUAUUAUCCAUGAACGAUUUUUCUUAGAUUAAAAUUUGUAGGAACUAAACGAAAGGAAAACAAAUGAAUUUUUUCUAAUAAGAAUUCUUUCAAUAUGUUUUUGUUGAAGAAAUAAAUUCAGUAAUUUAUCAUUCAACAGCUCUCACCAUGAUUUUGAUGACUUUAUUAUUAGGCUCUUUUCUGUCCCUUGCACGAUUUUCGUCUCCGUGAAAACAAAAAGGAUAUAUUUAUACUUAACAAACAUAAAAAAUUGAAUUUAAAAAUAGGGGAGUGUGUGGUACCUUUCUGAUUCGGUGGAUAUAUGACACAAAAAAUAACAAUUAUGCAACUUUCGAAAAAUAAUAAUCAUGAAAUGAUUAAAAACUUUGUUUGUAACAAAAUGAAAAUCUAUAAAUUGAAAAAAAAGUUUAAAUUAUGUGAUAUGAUGUGGCGCAUGGCGCCUGCCGAGAAAAUGAAUUAAAAGAAAUUUUGCAUAUAAAAGCAAAACUUAGUUAUUUUUGAGUUUUAAAAGCUACUAUUUAUUCAUUGCAAAUUAAGAUAAACAGAAAACCUGCUGUAAAAAUAUUCUUUGCAAUUCUUUCAGUUUUUAUUUCUAAACAUGGACAGUUAUUUAUGAAAGUAAUCCUAUGAUGAUCGAGUAGCCAAGAUAAUGAAUUGAUUUUAGUAAUAAAAAUUGCUGAUUAAAUGAAAAACCGUUUAUCACGGUACCGCCCGAAAAGUUAUAAUGAUAUGUUUAAUCAUUAAAGUUAAAUUAAUAUAAUCAAUUUUUUUAAUAAGGUCAACUAAAAAAAAUAAAUACUUGUUUUUGUUGAAAGAUAUUAAAUUAUAUUUUCAAUGUGAGUUGUAGAAAUGAAAUAACAAAUAUAUUUAUCAUGUUCCUUCUGUUAUUUGGAAUGUUUAUGUUCACUUUGGAUCUAAAAAAUUUGUUUCAAUCUCUAAUUUUUAUUGAAAUUUUUUAAAAUGCAUCACAUGUAUAAUUUGACUAAAAUAAAACAAAACAGAAAACUAUAGAAAAGGCAAGAAUAAGAUUAUAUAAAUGAAAACUCUAAAUCAAAGAGAUAACAUACAUUCAAGAAAUAUGCGUACAAGAAGGAAAUAUCUACAAAAAAAGAAAAAAAAAUGUAAAAGUGGAGUUUAUCAUUCUCGUGAAAAUGUUUUAUUAAAAAUCUAGAAAUAUCUAAUUGGCAUUUAGGGUGUGGAAAAAGUAAUGAUUUACACCGAGUUUAAGAUGAACAUGGAAAUGAUUAUUGAUUUAAGUUGAACGGGCGAAAAACUUUCUCGUCCCGAUUAUAUGUUUUACUAUGUUACAUGCAUUUCUUGUUAUACUCACUGUUCUAUCUAACUAUUAAUUGUUGUUCUUGCAAAACUGUGUAUGAGAAGAGUGUAUUUAUUUUUUCCUCAGAAUAUAUUGAUCAUUUAAUAAUAGGAAAUACGAAAAAGUAAAAAAUGAAAUGUUUCCUCAACACCAGUUUAUUAAAAAAAAAUGACAUUUUAUAAAAGGAAUAUUAUUUUAAUGGCAUCAAAAAAAGUUCUGGACCCGUAAGCUUUUCGCCCUCUGAAUUUUUUUCUUCUUUCUAUGCUUGGUGUAAAUUUCUUGGGUUAUCAUCGUUCAAAGGGACGAUUUCUUAGAAAUCUGCAAAUUAAAACAAAAUCUAUAAAUACAUGUUGAGGUAAUUAUAUAGAUUUUAUUGAUGAAAAAUGCUAAAAACUUAAAUAAACCCAUCCCAUGAAAUGGUGAUGAAAUAAAUAAAAAAAUAAGAAAAAAAAUUGAA